AUGAAAUUCAUCGCCGAUUUGCGAAUUCCACGCUGGGUGAAUUGUAGUCGGUCAGACACCAUCGAAAUGCACGGAUUUUCCGAUGCACCCGAAGUCGGAUAUGCAGCGGCAAUUUAUAUUGUCAAUCGUACACGGAACACAUCGCAUUUGUUGGUUGCAAAUGCCCGUGUGACUCCAAUAGAAGAAGACAAAAACAAUGAAAAUGUUACAAUUCCGCGUCUUGAACUUUGUGAUGCAUUACUCUUGGCACAAAUGGCGGAAAAAAUAAUUAAAAUUUUAGACAUCAACUUCAGUCGAAUCUGCUUGUGGUCCGAUUCGAGAAUUGUUCUCGAUUGGAUUCACGCCAAUCCAAAAAGAUAUAAAACAUUUAUUGCGUCAAGAAUUGCAAAAAUCAAUAAGCUCGUUGAAAAAGAUUGGUGGUCACAUGUACGUUCCGAAGACAAUGCGGCUGAUUGCGCAUCGCGUGGAAUCUCACCAGCGGAAUUAAGCACACACUCAUUGUGGUGGAACGCUGACGAGCUCGAAUGUGCUGAAACGGCAAUUAUCAAAAAUGUGCAACAAGAAAGCUUCGCCGAUGAAAUUAAAAUGUUAUGCACAAAAGGUGAACUCAAAAAUGCUAGCGCAUUGUUGAAACUGUCACCAUUUUUGGACAGCAAACAAGUAUUGCGAGUUGGCGGUCGCUUGAAAAACGCUGACCUACCCUACGAAGCGAUACAUCAUUCAUUGAGCAUUCUAUUGCCAUCGAAACAUGCUGUAACAGCAUUAAUAAUAAAAAACGUACACUUGAACUGUUUACAUGGUGCACCCAAGCUAACUGAAGCAGUAUUGCGACAAAAAUUCUAG